AUGGCGGCUGUGCCCGAAGAAGCUGAGCAGCGGCGUCUCUUUGCUGCUGCCAGGAAAGCAGCCAAGGAUUCCUUGGUCGAGAUCGACAUCCAGAAGCGCUUCUGUGAUGUGGUGCGCUCCGGCCUUUUGAUGGAAGAGCUGGAGCAUGCUUUCAGUUUCACGCAAACCAAUUUGGAUGGGAAACAUGCCAAAGGAGAAGGCUGUCCCACCAGACCAGUUGCCGAUGUCAAGGGCAAGACUGGUAAAAUGACAGUCGGCGGGAGCUUGGGAUACCUGAAGCUCUCAAGUAGAGCUUGCGUCGCGGUGAAUCCAAAGAGGAUUGAGCUGGCAAUGCUUCAGUGGAACAAGAAGCCGAUCGAUUUGAAUCGAAUUCUGGGGACAAUUGAGAUCAAUGCGGACAAUGCAGUUUGGGACACAAAUGAGUACAAGGACAUGGUGGCGGCUGCAUGCCUGCUGUGCUAUUGGCUGAAAGACGAAGAGCACAUCAGCUACUGGCUCGCUGACUCCUUGACUGAUGUGGUGUUUUGCCUGUCUCCUCAAGGGACUGGUGCUGACUUCUUGCUCAAGAAGUUCAGUGAUUACGAAGAAGAAGAGAAAAAGAGGAACGUGAUGGGAAUGUCUGCCCGGGCCAAGUGUUUGGUUCUCCUGGAGCUCACCCAGUCUUUGGGUGACAAAGUGGAGGAUGUCGCCGCAAAGCUGACUUCUGAAGAUUGGUCUGCCGAUACACUGAAGCGCUACGUGGCGGUUGCUCGGAAGUUAGAGUCGCAGCCGCAGUUGGUCCAGACAAUCUUGCAGCUGGAGUUUGAGCUGGGGCGUGAUUCGGCUCUUGAUGGAAUCACAGCCUUGCGAUCCUUGGUUGGUCUCAACUUAGAGGAGACCGAUGCUGUCUUUGUUGUGAACAUCUUGGGGGUGGAGCAAAGAUGUGGAUUCCGCCGAAAAGGGUCCGUGGUUCCAAUGAGACAUUGCAAGGGCAACUUUGACAUAGCAGUGCGUCUCAAGUCCAUAUUGAUCAGGAGGGACCUGUUCAAGCACCUGGCCGGAAUGUUCAAAAAAUUUGAGUCUGAGAUCCUCAGCUUCAUGGAAGCUUCCUGGUACAAACACUUCAUUGGGAGCCAGCAGGAAGCUGAAGGAUGUGUAGAGCAGCCUGAAGAUGACGAUGACAUGAAGGUCGAAGUGUCAGCUUUUGCUUCAAAAGGUCCCGUGAUGAGGUUUUGCACAAAGUUGGCCAAGGGGCAUUUCGAGCUCUCCUUGUGCAAGAUUGCGAAGGAAUCUGUGCCUGGGAAGUCCCUCAACCUGACCAAGGACGAUGCCUUGCAGAAGCAGGUGGAAUCGAUGGUGAGACAUGAGUUCUUGGAGGUGACGACGACUGCGGAGAUCGAGUCUGAUGCCCACUACCUUGAGGAACUUAGCAGGUUUAACAUUCAAGCGACCCAGCACGAGGCUCGAGUGAUCCAAGAGUACAUGGAUGCCAGAGUGGAGUGGCUGAUUUGGCAGAAUGGUACGGACGGAAGACUUGAGCGGCUCCCUUUGCUUCGGGAAGCUUCUGCGCCGAAGGUGCUGCUGUAUGAAGCGCAAAAUGAUGGCAUGAUCGACUUCGAAGAGGUCAAAAAACGCCGCGUGAAUGUAUUCACGGGUCUGGGCGUGGGAGCCUCAAGCCAAAGGAUCGAGAACCUGAUGGAGAUGUGGGAAUCGAUCCAGCAAACCUCCACGCCAGAGAUGAAGGACAAAAGUUGCCUCUGCAUCAUGUGCAAGGUGGACAAUUUGAAAACGAAGUCUGCCCUCGACAUCAUCCGCACCAAGAUCCCCAAGAAGGCAGCCAGCGCGAUCAUCACGCUUGACCCAGAGCAAACAGACUUGCUGUCCAGGAUCAGGCGCGGAAAGCGAGCUUUUGGAGCGCACGUGGAGGACAGGCUGGCUUUGGCCUCGCACAAGGGCUUCGCAACUGCGGCGUCGACCAUGAAGCAUUUGAAGGCAACCGAUACGUUCUUCAAUCGGUGGCCUGUGCCCCUGAUCCCAAUUGGCAACUUGAAGGUCUGCAAGGUGGCUGAGUAUGACCUCAUGUUCAGAGACGACACCACCACGGACCGGCUGCACGAGGAGAUUGGAGAAGAGGGCGAGAUGAUUGCCACGGACAUGGUGGGUGAAGACGAGUGCAUCCCUUUUCCGCACGAGGCCCACCAGGUGUUGACCCAGGAGAUCUUGCACAUCUUCUCAGCAGGAGUUUUGGUUGCUGCGGGGAUUGGCAGCGGGCUGUCUGUCCUUGGUGGCUUGCUUGGUGGUGCCAGGGUGGUCGCAAUUUGCAGUUCCAAAAGCCAUCAAAAAUAUGUGCAGAAGAACGUGACCCAAUGGUUGAAGGAGAAGAAGCUGGUCCCUGGUACUGUGCUGCCAAAGCCGCCACAGUUGCAGCAGUGGGAACAGAAGAAAGGACGUGGUGUUCCUCGACCACCUGCAGCUGCCAAUGGAGUCCCGAGCCCAGCGCCCAAGUCAAUGGCGUCCCCGUCCAAUGGAAGCAGCCCAACCCCAACUCCGAAUGCUGGUGCCGGUGUCAGCGCAAGCGCCAAUGGAAGCAGCCCAGGCCCAACUCCGAAUGCUGGUGCUGCAAGUGCCAAUGGAGGACCAGGGAGGAGUUUGCUGGGUGCCUUUGGAAAUGUUUCGAUGUGA